AAUGACGAGAAGUUUGGUCGGUUUGUAGAAGCGGCAACGUGCCGUUAUCUUUCCACUUUUUAGUUUAUGUACCUUUUUCUCAUCUAUUUUGCUCUAUAAACUCAGCAUAGAAGUAUGGGAAGAAAGAAGAAGAAGCCCAUGAAGCCAUGGUGCUGGUAUUGUAACAGAGAAUUUGAUGACGAAAAGGUGCUAAUUCAGCAUCAAAAGGCAAAGCAUUUUAAAUGUUUCAUUUGCCAUAAGAAAUUAUACACAGGUCCCGGUUUGGCCAUUCAUUGUAUGCAGGUCCAUAAAGAGCAUGUUAGUGCUAUACCUAACUCGUUACCUAACAGAGGUGACCCUGAAAUAGAAAUAUAUGGUAUGGAGGGAAUUCCCGAGAAAGAUAUUAAGGAACGCCGACAGAAGCUUGCGCAAAUGGCUCAAGGUGGUGAUGUUGACGAAGAUGAUGAAACUGAUGGUGGCACUUCAAAGAAAGCCAAAACGGACACGACUCUGCACUCAUUAUGCCACCUAUGGGUAUGGUCCCCGGCAUGCCAAUGAUGCCACCCAUGAUGCCCGGUUUUCCCAUGCCUGGAUUCCCUGGUGUACCUGGUUAUCCACCAGGUCCAAUUAUGCCAGGUAUGCCUCCCAUGCCCAUACCCAACAUGCCUCCAGCUGGGAUGGCACCUCCUGGAGCUCAACCUACCGCUUCUGGUGCAAGGCCCUUAUUCCCUUCUGCUCAGAAUGUUUCAUCGUCAGCUAGCAGCUCAUCAACUGGUCCUGUUGGAGCAGAUUUUAAACCAUUAACAUCAAACCCAACGACUGUUUACUCAGCUCCACCAACUUCAUUAAAUUCAAGACCUUCCACUUCGAAUGAAGAUGGCAUUUCUGGCAGUAAACCAGCGACAAUACCCAGUACUGGCACAUCUAGUAGAAUUAUUCACCCUAGUGAGGAUAUAUCUCUGGAAGAACACAUGGCAAACUUGUCUAAGCAUAGAGCGAAGAUACAAGGCACAUCGAUGUCUUCAACAAAUCCUAUAUCAACUGCUCCUGUUAUUCCUCCAAUGUUUCCCCCACCUAUGAUGGUACCUCCAAGGAUACCAGCAGGUAUCCCCCCUAACCCUAUGCAAGGUCCUCCAGGCAGACCUCCGCCUGGUGGAUUUCCACCAAUGCCUAUCACUGGGCAAAACAUGCCACCUCGUCCUCCUCCACGUAAUAUGAUUCCUUUAAUAGGUCAAAACAAUCCACCCAUGGGUUUGCCCGCUGGUCCACCCAUGCGCCCUCCACUUGGAAUGCCUGGACCUCCCGGACGAUUUGGACCACCUCCACAGAGAUUUUAAAGGUUAGGUGAAGGUUGUUGCUUAGAAGAAUAGUUUAGCAUUUCGCUAUUCAGACAUUUCUUCUGCCACACAUUUUCUUUAUCUGUAAAAUUAAUGCCUUCUUAUUUUUGUCCUCUGUUCAAAUUGAAAAUUCCAAAAAGAUAUGCAUUAGGUUGCUCUGUCUUUAGUUUCUUGACGAUUUGAUUAACAUCAAUAGCAAAGCCAGGAUUGUUGAUAUGUUGUCAUAUCUCAUGCAGUGUUAUGUAAUGUUUUAUGAUGAUGCAAAACUUACUUAAAGUAAAAAAUAUGGUAGUCAUUUGCAAUUCAGGUAGAAAAGAUGUUCUUUUAAUGUUUGUGAUGCAAUUAAGUCAUGAUUUUUGACCCUGAAGGUCUCGUUAAAGUGAAAUAUAGUCGUAAAAUUUAGAUUAGCAUUUAAACUAAUUAUAAAAUGUUGUCAGGUAAUGUGUCAAAGUUUUGCAUUUGUUCUGGAAAAUCUUACAUUAAAAUGGGCAUCUUUUCUACUCUGUGUGAUUGGUAUUUUAUACCUAAGUGAACUAUUGUGUAUUUGUUGUAAUCUAUAGCUCUCUGACCUGCAUCAAAAAGUUCAAAUAAAUUGUGAGCAUUAAGGAAAGGUAGGGCAGAACACACAAAGGUUUGUGGAACUGUCUUGACAUUUUCUAAGGUUUACAUGAAAAAAAACAUGCUUAAGAAAUAUGUGAAGGUGUUUGGAACAAGCAGUUUGAAUAGGUUGCCCAUCAAUUUUCCUGCUUUUCUACCAUAUUCCAAAGAUUUAUUUAUUUAGACAAGUUAGUUUAGUAGUAAACUUUGAUAUUGUGCCUGAAGUCUUGUUUUCCUUAUCGUCACCUGAGGUAUGUAAAACUCUACAUCUUAUAGAAAUUUUCCUUUUUUACUCGUUCUCAAUUUUCAUCUCCCAAGUAAAUCUCUUUAUAAUGGCAUUUUUAUGGAUUGAGGCUACGGUAAGAGUGACAAUUUGUGAUUAAUGGUAAUGUUUGGCCGGUAUGGGCUUUUAAAAAUUCAUUUCAUGUGUAUUAGAUUAAUUUAUAUUGUGAAAAUAUGAUGAUUCUUUCAAUGGAUGAUAAUAAAGCUGUAUUUUAUGA